AUGGAUCCAAGCAACGACUUGGCAAAACUAGCCACAUGUACCACUUGUCAAUUCAAGGAAAACAAGUCGAAUUACUGGACCGCCGUCCUCUUCUUCAAGCACGAGAACGGCAGCUUCAUCCGCGUCCCACAAAUGGCGAACUUUGGAACUGGAUCACCCAAUGGCGGUAUGACUGUCUAUUACGUUCAGAAUGAACCCAAAGGAUUCCGAAUGAUUACUGGUAACCCGAUGCUUCGCAGUAAGGAUACCAAGAACCCUCCCAAAGUCACCAGUUUCCGCUGCUUUGGUCCCAACUGGCAAGACGACAACAGUAGUCAGCCUCCAGGAGGCGGGAGCGACACUGUCGAGCUCCCCAACAAACCAUGCGCUGGCGGCAUUCGCGCUAAUACCAAUUUCCCCCAAUGCUGGGAUGGGAAGAACCUCGAUAGCCCGGAUCACGCCAGCCACAUUGUUCAUCCAGCCGAACCAAUCGAUCCCAACACAGGUUUGAGCUUCUAUCGAGGCAAGUGCCCUGAGAGCCACCCGGUCCGGAUGCCCCUCCUCCUCUUCGAGACUAUCUGGGAUACCCGCCAGUUCAACAAUAUGUGGCCGACGGACGGUACCCAGCCGUUUGUUUACAGCAUGGGUGAUCCGACUGGAUACGGACAUCAUGGCGAUUAUGUCUUCGGAUGGGAGGACGACGCUUUACAAAGGGCCAUGGAUACUUGCACGGAAUUCAAUGGCGUCCCUUCGUACUGCAAGACUCUAACCGUCCAGCCCGAUUCGGAGAUUAACAAAUGCACCCUCAAGCCUGUCCUCGAGGAGCAAAUCGAUGGAUACAUGGAGAAACUUCCUGGAUGCAACCCGCUUCAAGACGGACCACAGGAUGCCACGAUGGCCGAUUGUGGUCCGACACCUACCCCUGCUGGGAUCGCAGCCGGUCGACCUCCCCCAGCGCCUACUCUGCUCUGA